AUGGGGCCUGAGAUAAACCCAACAAAGAGUAAUGAUGAUAUUGCUAAAAUCGUCACCCCAGUUGAGCUGAUCAAGAAAGGAGAUAAAUUGGAUUCCUCUGAGGCUGCUCUCCUGACUAAAUUUAGGAUAAAGCCCCUCUCAUGUAGGCUUGCGAUUCUCUCUGUCUAUGAUAAUGGAUCUGUCUUAAGCCCAGAGGUGUUCAACCUAACGGAGGAUGACCUCGUUGACAAGUUUGCAGCUGGUGUUUCUAUGGUUGCUUCGCUGUCCUUCGCUCUCUCCUACCCAACUCUUGCGAUCAUGCCUCACAUGUUCGUCAAUGCCUACAAGAACGUCAUUGCUGUUGCUGUUGACAUUGAAUACACCUUUCCACAGGCUAAGAGGGUGAAGGAGUAUCUAAAGGAUCCGAGCAAGUUUGCUGUUGUUGUUAUCUCUGUUCUAUCUACUGAGAAUGCUGCUGCUCCUGCCUCUAAGGAAGAAGAGAAGAAGGACGAACCUGUCGAUGAGUCUGAUGAUGACUUGGGAUUUAGUUGGUUUGACUAA